AUGACGAGCGAGUUUGGGGUGAUAUAUGAGGCGGACGCAGCGCAGGAGACACCGGAAGGCCAGAACGAGGCGCAACGUGCGAUUGAGCAUGCGGAAAAAACGAUCGGGACCGGCGGAGCAACGACACACCGUGUCUCUCGGUAUGUAUUGAACGCACAGCUUAUCACAGAUACGGUGCAUCCACACUGGGAGAACAAGCUGGAAAAAGCGCUUGCCAAUGCAGAUCGUCAAGCGAACCGCCGCGUGAUUAUGCGGCAGAUCGGCUCAGCACUAAUCCCCAUCGGCGUCUCGUCCUCACGCACGGGCGAGACGCUCGCAAGUGCGGUGCAGAGCAAUGCACAAUUGGGCCGACAAGGACCUGGCGGUAGUAUUAUCUUGCACCAGGAUACGCAAGUGAGCGAUUUUGGGCUCGAGCCACGCGCCCGUUCCGGCUCGCGCGGGAUUGCUCUGGGCCGCUUCCUUCAUUAUGACCGACACCAACCGCAAGUAGGAGAUGAGCUCUCGCGAACCUUGAUGCGCCUGGGGCCGGCCGAGAUGGAGCAGAUCAUCUUGGACGAGACGUUGCGCGUAAGUCGCGAGGAGCAUGCGCGAGAACUUGCACGACAAGAAGAACGGGCGCGUUUGGAUGCACGCGCACGCACCGAGCAGCUCGGGGUGGUGCGGGAACGCGUCACCUCCAUGCCCGACACGCGCCCAGUCCCCAACCUUUCCGUUCCGAAUGCACGUCACGCGAGUACUGCCGCGCCUCGCACAAGUAUCCCCUUUUCGAAAGGUGUUAUGAGCGAUCUACAAGAGCUACACAACGACUCGCUCACUCGUAUUACUUCGGAGCAAUUACGAACAUCGUCUUCAAACCGCGCAAGCGGCACAAACCCCUUCCGGCACCGUACGAAUUUUCCGUCGGAGUAUGUCCCGACGGUGUUUGAUAACUAUGCGGUGACCGUCAUGAUCGGUGAGGACCCGUAUACCCUCGGUCUGUUUGAUACUGCUGGCCAGGAGGAUUACGACCGUCUGCGUCCGUUAUCCUACCCGCAGACGGAUGUGUUUCUUGUAUGUUUCUCGGUCACUUCUCCGGCGUCGUUUGAAAACGUGCGUGAAAAGUGGUUCCCCGAGGUGCAUCAUCACUGCCCAGGCGUGCCAUGUCUGAUUGUGGGAACACAGGUGGAUUUGCGUGACGACCCUGCCGUAGUCGAGAAACUUGCGCGACAGAAACAUCGCUCUAUUUCGUUUGAGAUGGGCGAGCGUUUUGCGCGCGAGCUCGGCGCUGUCAAGUAUGUCGAAUGCUCGGCAUUGACGCAGAAAGGGCUUAAAAACGUUUUUGACGAGGCAAUUGUCGCUGCAUUGGAGCCGCCUGUUGUGCGAAAAAAGGUAAGCAAAGCCAAAAUCAAGCCAUUCUUACAGGGCGUCUAUUGCAUGCACCCCUCGCCGUGCCCGGCCAUGCCUGUGCCCUCGGCGAGGCUUUACUCCUCCACACGCAUGCCCUCACAAAAUGCGCCGCGCGCGCUAACGGGGCGCCAAGAAUCGCGGCUCAUCCAGUAUUUGGACGAUACUAUUCUUCGUAUUUCACGCAGCUACCAGAAACGGCACUACCCCGAUGCCACACUCGCGACGCUCACAAAAUUUCUCAACGCGUGGGACGAAGCCCUGCAAGUUGUGUGUGCAACGCCGCUCAUUGGCAGUACAGCAGCAGUGCGCGACACAUACCUACUUCGAAUCACGUCGGAUAUUAUGGACGAGAUCACGGGGUAUGAUGCAAACGCUGAUCCAGCCGUGCCCAGAGCGUCGCAACUCAGCUACGUCUUGUACUGGGUCAGCGUGCUGGACCAGCUAUGGAGCGCGCGCCUGGACUGCGCUUCGAUACACUUGCACGAUGUAAAGGUGCAUGCCUCUAAGCAAUUUCCUACACCGCAGCAUGCAGCACCCAUGAACGCACGCAUCGCUUCCGCCGCAUCGGUAACACGAGCCGAACGUGUGCCAAUGCAUGCAAACGAUAGUAUACCCGAGUACGGACAGACGGACCGUGUACGCUUGCGAGAUGUGCUGAUUCGAGCGCGAGAUCAGCUAUUUCGCUGGGUGCGUGCACAAUUGGGCGCACUGCCGCCCCCCGAAGAGGACAGUGGAUGGCCCAACGAAGUGCGCAGCAGAGGGAACGACGCCGCGGCGGAGCGCGAAUCACAUUCGCGAGAAGAUGCCGUGCCCUCAACGCAAGUUAUUUCCAGUGCCGAGCGCGCUGCAGACCAAGGCGCAAACGAAAUGGGCGCCGCAAGUGUGCCUGUGCGUGAAGAGGAAACUGGUUUGGCACGCGAGGCGAACGCUUCGAUCGAAGAACAAGAGCACUUUGGCCAAGUAUUUAGCAAGCGCCUCGAUCCGGAUGAAGAUGACGACGAUGCUACAGACGAGGAGAACGUACGCAAGCGUGCAAGGCAUUCUCCGUCACUAGCAAGCAUGCCGUACGCUGUCGAGGAAGAAGAUAUCGGGUUCUGGGAUAUGCACUGCGCGGCACUCUUUACAGACGCAUUACAAGCGCUGCGUAUCAAGUAG